UACCAGUCCAUCUCUCAUCGAAGGGCGUCUUAAUAAACGCCCGUCUUUGUGGUCUCCUGUGUUUCUGUCUUCUUCUCCUCCUAAAUUUCUUGUAUUCUUUCGAGAGUUCCUUCUCCCUAAGCGAAAAUGAGAGAGUGCAUCUCGAUCCACAUCGGUCAGGCCGGUAUCCAGGUCGGCAAUGCAUGCUGGGAACUUUACUGCCUCGAGCAUGGCAUCCAGCCUGAUGGCCAAAUGCCGAGUGACAAAACAGUUGGUGGAGGAGAUGAUGCCUUCAACACAUUUUUCAGCGAAACUGGUGCUGGGAAGCACGUCCCUCGCGCUGUGUUUGUAGAUCUUGAGCCUACUGUCAUUGAUGAAGUGAGGACUGGAGCUUACCGCCAGCUCUUCCACCCAGAACAACUUAUCAGUGGCAAGGAAGAUGCUGCUAACAACUUUGCCCGUGGCCAUUAUACAAUUGGGAAAGAAAUCGUGGACCUCUGCUUGGAUCGGAUCCGUAAGCUCGCGGACAACUGUACUGGUCUUCAAGGUUUCCUGGUUUUUAACGCUGUUGGUGGAGGCACUGGAUCUGGUCUGGGAUCGCUUCUCUUGGAGCGUCUGUCUGUCGAUUACGGAAAGAAGUCAAAGCUUGGCUUCACUGUUUACCCAUCUCCUCAGGUCUCAACCUCUGUUGUUGAGCCCUACAACAGUGUCCUCUCGACCCACUCCCUUCUUGAGCACACUGAUGUUGCCGUACUUCUCGACAACGAGGCCAUUUAUGAUAUUUGCAGGCGGUCCCUUGACAUCGAACGACCGACUUACACCAACCUCAACCGUUUGGUGUCUCAGGUCAUUUCUUCCUUGACUGCAUCUCUGAGGUUCGAUGGUGCCCUCAACGUGGAUGUGACAGAGUUCCAGACUAACUUGGUCCCGUACCCCAGGAUCCACUUCAUGCUUUCCUCUUAUGCACCUGUCAUCUCGGCUGAGAAGGCUUACCAUGAGCAGCUCUCAGUGGCGGAGAUCACCAACAGUGCUUUUGAGCCUUCGUCUAUGAUGGCCAAAUGUGACCCACGCCACGGCAAGUACAUGGCUUGCUGUCUUAUGUACCGAGGUGAUGUUGUGCCCAAGGAUGUGAAUGCCGCGGUUGCCACUAUCAAGACUAAGCGUACAAUUCAGUUUGUGGACUGGUGCCCUACAGGGUUCAAAUGUGGUAUCAACUACCAGCCACCAACUGUUGUUCCAGGAGGUGACUUGGCCAAGGUUCAGAGGGCUGUUUGCAUGAUCUCCAACUCGACCAGUGUUGCAGAGGUGUUUUCACGAAUUGACCAUAAGUUUGAUCUUAUGUAUGCCAAGCGUGCCUUUGUCCACUGGUAUGUUGGUGAGGGAAUGGAAGAGGGAGAAUUUUCAGAAGCUCGUGAAGAUCUUGCUGCCCUCGAGAAGGAUUAUGAGGAGGUUGGUGCUGAGUCUGCUGAGGGAGAAGAUGGUGACGAGGGAGACGAGUACUGAUGAUGUGUUCAAUGUGUUCAGUUUGGCUGUGUUCUGUUUCAAUGUUUACAGUUUGUCAUGGGGGUGUGCUUUUUUUGGUCAUAUGCUGGGAUUGUUUUGU